UUCUCCACUGUCUAGUGUACUCUCUCCCUCUACUCCUCUGGCUCCUUCGUCUUUUUCUUUCCCUGUUUCCCACUCUCUCUCUCUCUCUCUAAAAAAAACCCAAACCAGAGAGAGACAACCACCCGAACCAAAAAAUGCGACUCCCCGCACUCCUCCUCCUCCUCCUCUUCCUCCACCUUAAUCUCCGCCGCUCAACCGCCGCGAUACCACUCCGCAUACCGGAGUACAGCGCCCUCCUCUCCCUGAAAACCGCCAUCACCGACGACCCCCAGUACGCCCUCUCCACGUGGAACGCCUCCACCAGCUACUGCACGUGGUCCGGAGUCACGUGCGACCGCAACCGCCACGUGACGGCGCUCGACAUCUCCGGUUACAACCUCUCGGGGACCCUCUCCUCCGGCGUCGGCCACCUCCGUUACCUCCUCAACCUCACCGCCGCCGCCAACCAGCUCUCCGGCCCCAUCCCCCCCGAGAUCUCCCUCAUCUCCUCCCUCCGUUACCUCAACCUCUCCAACAAUGUCUUCAACGGAACCUUCCCUCUUCAACUAUCCCGCCUCAGAUAUUUACAGGUGCUGGACCUUUACAACAACAACAUGAUCGGAGACCUUCCGGUGUCCGUAACCCUAAUGCCGAGCCUCCGCCACCUCCACCUCGGCGGAAACUACUUCAACGGCACCAUCCCGGCGGAGUACGGCCGGUUUCCCACCCUCGAGUACUUAGCCCUCUCCGGAAACACCUUAAUCGGCGUAGUUCCACCCGAACUCGGAAACAUCUCGACCCUCCAACAACUCUACAUCGGGUACUACAACACAUUCUCCGGUGGCCUACCGCCGGAGAUCGGGAACCUAUCGAAGCUCAUCCGGUUCGACGCCGCCAGCUGUGGACUCUCCGGCGAGGUUCCGCCGGAGAUUUCCAAGCUCCAGAACCUGGACACGUUGUUCCUCCAAGUGAACACGUUUUCGGGUCCGUUAACUGUAGAGCUGGGGUACUUAAAGAGCUUGAAAUCCAUGGAUCUUUCGAACAACAUGUUCACAGGUGAGAUGCCAGACUCUUUUUCUUACUUGAAAAACCUGACCCUUCUAAAUCUGUUCCGUAACCAGCUCUAUGGCUCGAUACCGGAGUUCAUCACCAGUUUACCGGAGCUACAGGUGUUGCAAUUGUGGGAAAACAACUUCACUGGAAUAAUCCCUCAGGGGUUGGGAAGUAAUGGGAAGUUACAGAUUGUUGAUCUGUCUUCUAACAAAUUGACUGGGACCCUGCCUCCUAACUUAUGUGCUGGUAAUACUCUUGAAACCCUAAUUGCAUUGGGGAACUUCUUGUUUGGCCCGAUACCAGAGUCGCUAGGACAGUGUCAGUCCUUGAGUCGAAUUCGAUUGGGAGAGAAUUAUCUGAACGGAUCGAUACCGAAAGGGCUGCUGAGCUUGCCUUUGCUGACUCAAGUUGAGUUUCAGGACAAUCUUUUGUCUGGGGAAUUUCCUCAGCAUGAUUCGGUGUCAGUUAGUUUAGGGCAGGUUAGUUUGUCAAAUAAUCAGCUCACCGGUCCUUUACCAGCAAGUAUUGGGAACUUUUCUGGUGUCCAGAAGCUUUUGCUCAACGGGAACCAGUUUUCGGGUCCCAUUCCUCCUGAGAUUGGGAAGUUACAGCAGCUAUCGAAAAUGGAUUUCAGCCAUAACAGGUUUUCGGGUCUAAUUGCACCAGAGAUCAGCAAAUGUGUGGUUUUGACUUAUCUUGACCUUAGUCAGAACCAGCUCUCCGGUGAAAUUCCGACUGCGAUUACAGGCAUGCGGAUUCUGAAUUACUUGAAUUUGUCAGGAAACCACUUAGUAGGGUCCAUUCCGGGGGCCAUAGCCACCAUGCAAAGCUUGACUUCUGUUGAUUUUUCCUACAACAAUCUAUCCGGGCUAGUCCCGGGCACUGGCCAGUUCAGUUACUUCAAUUCCUCGUCUUUUCUCGGAAACCCUAACCUCUGUGGCCCAUACUUGGGGCCUUGCAAAGAUGGAAUUGCAAGCGCCACUCCCCAAGGCCAUGUCAAAGGCUCAUUCUCGUCUUCCUUGAAGCUCUUGCUUGUUAUGGCAUUGCUUGUGUGUUCCAUAGCUUUUGCAAUUGCUGCCAUUUUAAAAGCCCGGUCCUUGAAAAAAGCAAGUGAGGCUCAUGCGUGGAAACUGACAGCUUUCCAACGUUUGGAUUUCACUUGUGAUGAUGUAUUGGAUUCUAUGAAGGAGGAUAAUAUUAUUGGGAAGGGUGGUGCUGGUAUUGUUUACAAGGGGGUGAUGCCAAAUGGUGAUGAGGUGGCAGUCAAAAGAUUACCAGUGAUGAGCCGCGGGUCGACCCACGACCAUGGGUUCAAUGCAGAAAUACAGACUCUUGGGAGGAUUCGUCACCGUUAUAUUGUUAGGCUAUUAGGAUUUUGUUCGAAUCAUGAGACAAAUCUUCUGGUUUAUGAGUAUAUGCCUAAUGGGAGCUUGGGUGAAGUGCUCCAUGGGAAGAAGGGGGGGCAUUUGGUUUGGGACACGAGGUAUAAGAUUGCAGUGGAGGCUGCAAAGGGUCUUUGCUAUCUUCACCACGAUUGUUCACCAUUGAUUAUUCAUCGGGAUGUGAAGUCUAACAACAUAUUGCUUGAUUCCAAUUUUGAAGCACAUGUUGCCGAUUUUGGGCUUGCCAAGUUCUUGCAGGAUUCAGGCACUUCUGAGUGUAUGUCUGCUAUUGCUGGCUCGUAUGGAUAUAUAGCACCAGAGUAUGCCUACACACUGAAGGUUGAUGAAAAGAGUGAUGUGUACAGUUUUGGCGUAGUUCUCUUAGAACUAGUAUGCGGUAAAAAACCGGUUGGAGAAUUUGGCGAUGGAGUAGACAUCGUACAAUGGGUGAGGAAGAUGACCGAUGGGAAAAAGGAAGGAGUGCUAAAAGUCCUCGACCCUAGGCUUCCCACGGUUCCGCUUGAGGAGGUGAUGCACCUAUUCUAUGUAGCAAUGUUGUGUGUAGAAGAACAGGCUGUCGAACGCCCAAAAAUGCGUGAAGUUGUUCAAAUUCUAACAGAAUUUCCAAAGUCGUCGAAUAGCUUAACACAGGAAGACUCAAUGGGCACAGGGUCCUCAACACCGCAAGCCUAUGCUUUGGAGUCUCACACAGAAGCAACUAGAGAUACCAAAGGACAGCACCAGCCUCAAUCUCCAGCACCUGAUCUUCUUUGCAUUUGAAACUUUUUGUAUUGGCAUAGGAGUGUUUGCUUUAGUUUUCUAGAAUUGGGUUGGCUAAGGGUGUUUCAAUUUCUUCUUUUCUUUCUUGGAUAAUUUCGUGGUUGUUUUUUUUUAAACUCCUUUAAUUCAAGGAGGUUGUGACGUUUGCAGUUUUGUAUGUACAGUUUGAAUGCUGGGGCCUCCUUUAUGACAUAAAUUGUCUUCACGUUAUGCUA